AACCCCAAGAAGAAAGAAGAAGAAAGAUGAUCAUCCCAGUGCGUUGCUUCACCUGCGGGAAGGUGAUUGGAAACAAAUGGGACACUUAUCUUGACCUCCUGCAAGCAGAUUACACCGAAGGGGAUGCACUUGAUGCCUUGGGGUUGGUUCGAUACUGCUGCAGGCGCAUGCUUAUGACUCAUGUUGAUCUCAUUGAGAAGCUUCUCAACUACAAUACUUUGGAGAAGUCGGACAACAGUUAGAGGAAGCUUAGUAUGGUGUAAAAAACUACGAAACAAGGUGCUGGAAGUUGUUGUUAUUACUUUCUUGGUUAGUGUCCGAGUGUGUGAGUACAUGCUUUGUCUUGACUGGAGCUGUAUUAUUCCUUAGUUUCAUGCUUGGAUUAAGUCUAAUAGGAUAUUUCGGAUUAAUGGAGUAUGUUCCUACUCCAUUUUGGGCUUAUGUUAUAAUCUGUAUGACCCUCUUAAUUAGAAUGAAAGACUGAAUGCUUGUGUGUUGCGUAAAACUCUGUUUAUUGCAUCAUAGUAUUAUUGUUUCUAUUUGGUUG